GAGGAAUCUUCAAAUAAUUCUACUUGUCAUAGCAAACGUAAUGCUAAAAUAGAAGAUCAAGAGGCAAUUAUUGAUCGUGCUAAAGAUUUUAUGAAAGAUUUUAGCGAACCGUCAAAUUUAAUUGGAUUCAAACUUCUAAUUGAAGAUCCUGACGUAAAAUUUCCAGCAGAAUUAUUGGUUGAUGCGCUUUUAUUGCUUAGCAAUUCUUCUUCAUUUGAAUGCAGCAUAGGCAAUACUAUUCCACACUUAGAAUUACACCUGCGAACUUGGGUUGCAGUUUUGGAAACAGUGUUCUAUUCUUCUAUUGUAUUAACUCGUGAAAUAAGAGAAAAACUUUAUAGUAAUUUAAAUAGUUUUGUCGACAUUCACCACCAAAUCAGCAAAGUUUGUCACGAUAAUGAUCGUAGUUAUACGCCUAAGGGAAUUUACGACACUGAUGAUAAUUAUGAAAGUUUUCCAAAUUUUAAUAUUAAUUUUUUAUUACUCCAUUUGCGGGACACCUUAUACAUUAUGCGUGAUGAUGAGACAUAUUUUGACGAAUUUUUAAAAUGUGUCAAGAAAGACCUUUUAACAUUUGUUAGGGACAUUCCUAAAACAUCUAAUGGUUUCAGAGACAUUCCAACUACGUUUGGUAAAUUAUUUGUUAGCGGCACUAUACCGAGAUUUACCGAUGUUUUUAGGCUUAAAUAUCCUAUUAAUUACUGGUAUCAAAUAUGGCGUGAACUCUUGUUUGUACAUUAUUCAUUAAAAAUUUUAGCUCAGGAAAGAGAUUAUAAUAUUUUACAAUUUUAUAACGAGGCUUAUAUUCUUGAAUCUCUUUGGCAUUAUGCUUUUAAUGAGAAUUACGAAAAGCCAACCUAUUCAGAUGUUUUAACGAUCCUGAAUGAUCGGAAUGAAUUUUAUGAAUUUUCCAAUUUAUGGACCGGAGAAGAACCAAUUACCCUAUCAAACAUAUUAUGGUUUGGAAUAUUAGAUCUUGCCCAAGAUUUAAGCUAUAAAACAAUUCAACCCUCCAGUUUAGCUUUUUGUUAUUACUUGGGUUUAGAAUCAUUGCAAAAAUCUCAAGGUUGCUUCAUCCAAUUCAAAUCCUUAGAAUUACUCUUAUCAUUAUCUUAUCGAGAACCUGAUUGGUUUGAAGACAUGGUUCAAGUGGAAAUAGAAAAUUUUAUCGAAGCGUUACCAACGGAUGCUCAGAAAAACUUUAUUAACUUAAUUCGUGAUGUAAAGAAAAAGCUUAAUUUAGAUAAUGAAUUUCUAAAUCAAUUCAUUACGGACAAUAGCAAAGGACAAUCAGCAACUAAGACCAAUUCAUCAGAUAAAAAUUUAAAUUUUUUAUUAAAAAUAAUUGCGGAAAAUUUUACCUGCCCAAUUACUGGACAAAUAACUGGCGAUUUUCUUAUUUUAUCGUGUUGUGGUAUUUCUGUUAGCUAUUAUGCCAUUAAUGA